CAUGCCUUCCUUUUUGAACUUCAUCAUCAUCUACACCACGCCUCCCCGUCGUUUGUCUUUCCACUGUUCAGCUACUAUUUAAACAAAUCUCUUUUUUUCCAUAAUGGCAUCCUCUGUCUUUUACAAGUUCAAUUCUCGGAAGGACGAGUCCAGAGUGACAUUCGAUGGCACAGGUAUAUCUGUGUUUGACCUCAAACGUGAUAUCAUUCUAGCCAAUAAUUUGGGUAAGGCCAACGACUUUGAUUUGGUUUUAUUCGACAACAAUACGAAAGAGGAGUACAAGGAUGACUCAACAGUCAUUCCUCGGUCGUCAUUUGUUAUCGUUAAGCGAGUUCCAGCUAUAAGAACUGGAAGAGGGAAGGCUUCUCUGUAUUUGGCUGGUGCGACGAAUAUGGUCCCCAUCUCAGAACCGGUGCAGCGCAGUUUUGGGACCAUCUACAAGGGCGCAAUGUCGAAACGUUUUGACGGAAAAGAAGAACAGAAGCCCUCCUCGGCAACGUCGACGCCGCUAAAAUCAAACGUUGCAGGAGAAGACGAGGCAGCCGCCAUGGCAGCCAUGUUCCAGGCUCAAACCGCCAACUGGGCGGAGACACAAGAGAAGAUGUCACACGCGACACGUAUCUACAAUAACACCCGUGGAACUGGAUUUGCUCGUGGGGGCAAACCCCAUACUCCUCAUCAACCCUAUCAACCUGAACGACCUCUUCCUGCCAGUUAUGUUUGUUAUCGUUGCGGUCAAAAAGGUCAUUGGAUUAAAGAUUGCCCAACUAACAACGACCGUGACUACGACAACAAACCCAGAAUCAAGCGAACGACAGGUAUUCCUCGAAGCAUGCUCAAAGCCGUUGAGAAUCCCAUUGGAGGCGAGUUAACACAGGGUGUGAUGGUCACACCAGAGGGAGGUUAUGUCGUCGCGCAACCGGACUCAGUCUCCUGGCAAAAACGGGUGUCACGUUCAAAGGGUUUGACUGCUGCUGAAAUUCGGGAUCGACCACCCUCAGAUCCCACUCUCACAUGUCCUGUUGACAGUAAACUCUUUCGUGAUGCUGUCAAAACCCCAUGUUGUGGAACCCUUUACUGCGAGGACUGUAUUCAGACUCAUCUAUUGGAACGAGACUUCAUCUGUCUCAACUGUGCUAAAAAGAUACCUUCUCUCGACAAAUUGAUCGUGGACAAGGCGACACGGACGAAAGUGAACGAGUACAUAGAAAGUGCCGUGGAAGAUAGCAAGGGAGAAGUUUUUGUCGAGGACCAGUCGAGAUUUGGAGGACAGUCAGAGGACACGAUCAACCUCGAAGGCGAUUUCUACGACGAAACGGGAAUGAACAUGGACAUGCAACAAAUGAUUGUGGAUAGCAUACCCCAACUGCAGGCACAAAUUUCCCAAAUCUCCGUGAUGUUACAAAAUCCCUCCCUUCCCGCUCAGGUUCGGCAGCAGACCGAAAUGCAGUAUCAGCAGCUCAAAUUGCAGCUUCAACAAGCCCAGGCCAUGUCAGCUGCCCUCGCUGCGGCUGUUUCAUUCCAGCAGCAGCAACAGCAACAGCAGCAACAACAGGUGCAGCAAGCACAAAAUACAGGUGGAAUGGGGUAUGGUAUGCAACAAGGAUGGACAAAUCCAUUUCCGAACCAACAGCCAGCAGGACAGGACUCGGCUUAUCAGCGGUUACCACUCAAUAAUCGGAGAAGAAACGUCAAACGUGAAAGGCCCUCAGAUUUUCUUGAGAUUGGUGGAGAAAGCGAUGCCAAGGUUCCAAGGUAUUGGGAAUGAAGCAGGAUCCGCUUUAUUGUAGAGUAACUACAUAUAGUAACGACGUCUACCUGCUACAUAACGGCCCCCAAGAUCUUUAUCACCAAAGUGGGAACGGUUUACAGGGCCCUGUAAAACUGAUUUUUUUUAC